AUACAAUACUGUACCACACACAAACCGACUAAGCAGCUUUGACGCUAAGCUAUUAGAUGCUGCUGCUGGGCAAAGUGGUGGACCUGGAGAUUGGACACGCCAACUUCAGUCUAUCGGUGACCGUUCACUUACUCGGAAGGUGCAUAUCAUUUUUCAAUUUAUCAGGCGAUAUUUUGAUUGCGGUCGCGGACAACACCCACGCCGCACAUUUUAUGGACGAACAGUAAGAGGCGCACAGUUCGAGCGAAUAUUUUGUAAACAUCCCAUUUGAAUAGACAAAACAUUUCAGCAUGAGUUGUGCUAGUGUUUUGACCAGCAAGGAUCUGCCGGAUAUUGAGAGCCUCCUAGCGCUCAACCCGCGCGUCAAGACCCACGGCUCGCUGGUGCCGACCGUCGUGACCAAGUCGGUCAAGAAGCACUGGAAGCGCAACACCGACCGCUCGUGCACCAGCUGCACCCCGCUCACGAAUGACUUCUCGGACAUCAAGCAUACGACGCUGUCGGAGCGGGCCGCCCUGCGGGAAGCGACGCGCUGUCUCAAGUGCGCGGACGCCCCCUGCCAGAAGUCCUGCCCGACGCAGCUGGACAUCAAGAGCUUCAUCACGAGCAUUUCCAACAAGAACUACUACGGCGCGGCCAAGGCCAUCUUCUCGGACAAUCCGCUGGGGUUGACCUGCGGUAUGGUGUGUCCGACGAGUGAUCUUUGCGUUGGCGGAUGCAACCUGCAGGCCGCGGAGGAAGGCGCCAUCAACAUCGGAGGUCUGCAGCAGUUCGCUACCGAGACGUUCAAGCGCAUGGGACUGCACCAGAUCGUGCCGCCCAACGUGGCUCCGCUGAAAUUCCCGAACAAGAAGAUUUCGCUGCUCGGAGGUGGUCCAGCUUCGCUGUCUUGCGCUACGUUCCUGGGACGAUUGGGAUACAAGGACAUUACGAUCUACGAGAAGCGUGACUACCUGGGCGGGCUGAGCUCGGCGGAGAUCCCGCAGUACCGCUUGCCGUACGACGUGGUCAACUUCGAAAUACAACUCGUCAAAGAUUUGGGCGUCAAGUUCGAAACGGGUCGUGCACUGUCCACCAAGGACAUCACCGUCCAGGGUCUGCUGGAUGGUGGCAACGAUGCCGUCUUCCUCGGCAUUGGUCUACCGCAGCCCAAGAUCGAUAAGGUGUUCGUUGGCUUAACGCAAGACCAAGGAUUCUACACCUCGAAGGAUUUCCUGCCGAUGGUAUCGGACGGCAGCAAGCCCGGACUGUGCCUGUGCAAAGCGGCCGCCUCUAGACUUCCCACGCUGAGCGGAAACGUGAUCGUGCUCGGAGCUGGAGACACCGCCUUCGAUUGUGCUACCUCUGCGCUACGCUGCGGAGCACGCCGCGUCUUUGUGGUGUUCCGCAAGGGCAACAACAACAUCCGUGCCGUUCCCGAGGAGGUCGAGCUGGCCCGCGAAGAGCGCUGCGAGUUUAUCCCGUUCAUGUCGCCGAAGCAGGUCAUUGUGAAGGAUGGAAAGAUAUCUGCCGUUGAAUUCAUCCGUACCGAGCAAGACGAUGCCGGCAACUGGGUUGAGGAUGCUGACCAAACUACGCGACUCAAGGCAAACUACGUCAUUUCCGCUUUCGGGUCCGGGCUGAGCGAUGAAGAUGUUAUCAAAGCGCUGAGCCCCGUUCCGCUGAAUCGCUGGAAUCUGCCGCAGGUGGACUCCAAGACCCAGCAAACUCAACUGCCAACUGUGUUCUGCGGUGGAGAUUUGGCCGGCGCAGCCGAAACUACGGUCGAAUCGGUGAACGACGGCAAGACGGCCGCUUGGUACAUGCACUGCUACCUGCAGGGCUUGUCGUUCGAUGCGGCGCCCCAGCUCCCGCUGUUCUACACCGAAAUCGACAACGUCGACCUGUCGGUUGAGGUUUGCGGGGUGCGGUUCGAGAACCCGUUCGGGCUGGCAUCCGCUCCGCCGACGACGGCUACCGCCAUGAUAAGGCGUGCUUUCGAGCAGGGUUGGGGAUUUGCCGUUACGAAGACGUUCGCGCUGGACAAGGACAUGGUAACGAACGUGAGUCCGCGUAUCGUGCGAGGAGUUACCUCCGGACACAAUUACGGUCCCCAGCAGGGUGCCUUCCUCAACAUUGAGCUGAUUUCGGAGAAAUGUUGCAACUACUGGUUGACCGGUAUUACGGAGCUGAAACGGGACUUCCCGGGCAAGGUGGUGAUCGCAAGUAUUAUGUGCACGUACAACGAAGACGAUUGGACCGAGCUGGCGAAGCGCGCGGAGGCAGCUGGAGCCGACAUGCUUGAGCUGAACCUUUCCUGCCCGCAUGGAAUGGGUGAAUCUGGAAUGGGUCUGGCUUGCGGUCAAGAUCCUAAGCUGGUGUACAACAUCUCGUUGUGGGUUCGGGCUGCCGUCAAGAUCCCGUUCUUCGUGAAGCUGACGCCCAACAUUACCGACAUUGUUUCGAUUGCCCAGGCAGCUCAACGAGGCAAUGCCGACGGAGUCUCUGCUAUCAAUACCGUUCAGGGCUUGAUGUCGCUCAAGGCAGACGCUAGCCCCUGGCCAGCAGUGGGUAUCGACAAGCGCACCACCUACGGAGGAGUCUCCGGAAACGCUACCCGUCCGCAAGCUUUGCGCGCCGUUUCGCUGAUCGGUAACAAGCUGCCGGGAUUCCCGAUUUGCGGUAUCGGAGGCAUCGACUCUGCCGAUGUUGCCCUACAGUUUAUCCAGUGUGGCGCUCCGAUUCUGCAGAUUUGCUCUUCGGUCCAGAACCAAGACUUCACCGUCAUCGAAGACUACAUCAUCGGACUCAAGACGCUACUGUUCUUGAAGGCAAACCCACCCUCGGAAAGCCUCUCCUGGGACGGGCAGUCUCCGCCAACCCAAAAGCUGCAGAAGGGCAAACCCGUAGCACCAAUUCGUGAUGACGAUGGCAAACCCCUGUUAAACUUUGGAGAUUACAAGAAGAAGCGUGAGGAAAAGUUGCACAAGUUGCGUCUUGAGAAAGGACCCCUUUGGAAUCCAAGUGCCGAAGAGAAAACCGACGUCGAAGCCACUUCUUCAAUCAAAACGCCACCUAAAAUCAAGGACGUACUGGGAGCAGCUCUGCCCAAGAUCGGAUCGUACAAAAACCUCGACAACAAAAAGCAAGUGGUCGCGCUGAUCGACGAUGACCUUUGCAUCAACUGUGGCAAAUGCUACAUGACGUGUGCCGACUCGGGUUAUCAAGCGAUCGAGUUUGACCCGGUAACCCAUUUGCCGCAUGUGAACGACGACUGCACCGGGUGCAAUCUGUGCCUGUCGGUUUGCCCGAUCAUCGAUUGUAUCAACAUGGUUCCCAAAAAGAUUCCGCACGUGAUCAAGCGAGGAAACGUGAAGCUGGCCACAGCCGUCCACGCGCUUUCGCCGUCGCAGUGAAUCUGACGCUAUUGCUUCGUAGCAGAGGAUUUUAAAUUGAUAACUGGCUGAUUUUGCUGGUAACGUUGUAUAAUUAUUUUUUUUUUAAUAAACAGCAAUUCGUCGACAUUCCGAAAUAAAACGUUGAUUGAUUAUAUAAUUGAAACUUUAAGAAAUGAAAUAUAUUUUACAGAAUAAAUGUGAA